AUGUCGCAAUUAGUAAGUUCACCAACACCUACUGCUUCAGCUUCACUUGAACUUAUGCGGCCAACAACCAGUAGUUUGAUUUCACCCGAGAACCUCCUCUUAAAACAAAAAAAAGUUUUUGAAAAAUUUGCUUCAGUAGAAAUAGACGGUCAAAAAUAUAUGAAUCAGGAUGAUUUUGUUUCGGCUGUAGCGCCGGGUGAAGAUUAUAAAAAAAUUCGAAAGGAACAAUUCGGAAUAUUAUUUAGAAUAGCUGACAAUGGUAAAAAAGGAUUAAUAUCUUUUCAAGAUUUUGUAAUUUUUGAAAAUUUACUUUCGAAACCGGAUGUCGAAUAUGAUAUCGCUUUUAGAUUAUUUGAUGUUGAAGGCAAAGGAAAAAUUACUAUUGAACGGUUCAAAGAUAUUUUGUCUUCGAAUGUCACCCCAGAUAGUAUACCCUUUGAUUUUGAUUGUGAUUGGUUAAAAUUAUACGUUGGUAGAGCACCAGAGAAAAAACAUGAAUUAGCUUAUGAAGAGUUUACGCAAUUAUUAAAAGGAUUGCAAUCAGAACGACUUAGGCAAGAAUUUAAAUUUUAUGAUAAAGAAGGUAUCGGAUAUAUCACACCUGAUAAUUUUAAAAAAAUAAUUCUUUCUAUAGCGAGGCAUAAAAUUUCCGAUUAUGUUAUUGAGAACCUACCUACGUUAUGCAAUCUUUAUGCUGGCAACAAGAUCAGUUAUGCAAGUGUCGUGGCUUUUCAUAAUGUCGUGCGACAGAUGGACAUGGUGGAAAGAAUUGUUCAUAAAGCUAUUUCUGAAAGCAGUGAUGGAAAAAUUACCAAAAAUGAUUUUCUUAACACUGCUUCGAGAGAAACAAGGUUUUCACUGUUCACUCCAUUAGAAGCCGAUAUUAUAUUUCAUUUUGCUAGUCUAGGAAAUCCAUCAGGAAGGUUGUCAAGGCGCGACUUUGCUCAACUUUUGGAUUCUAAGUGGGAACGACGAACGGAGAUCAAACCAACUAUUAAGACACAAACAAAGGAACAUACUGGGGUUUUAUGGGCGGUAUUACAUCAAAUUUACACUUUUUUCUUAGGAUCAAUAGCUGGUGCUGUGGGUGCAACUGUUGUGUAUCCUAUCGACCUCGUCAAGACCCGAAUGCAAAAUCAACGGUCUAAGGUUGUAGGAGAAUUACUAUACAGAAAUAGCAUAGAUUGUUUUCGAAAGGUAGUACAAAAUGAAGGUUUACUAGGUCUUUACAGCGGACUCGGCCCUCAGUUGGUGGGUGUAGCACCGGAAAAAGCUAUAAAGUUGACUGUAAACGAUUUCGCCCGUGCCCAACUUAAAAACAAAGACACUGGUGCUAUUCCAAUCUAUUAUGAAAUUCUUUCGGGUGGUCUAGCCGGAGGCUGUCAAGUUAUAUUUACCAAUCCAUUAGAAAUUGUAAAAAUUCGUCUUCAAAUUCAGGGAGAAGUUGCAAAAAAUGUAGACAUACCACGUAAAUCUGCAAUUAAUAUCAUAAAAGAUCUUGGUCUAUUUGGCCUUUAUAGGGGCGCAAGUGCAUGCUUGCUUCGUGACAUUCCCUUUUCCGGAAUAUAUUUCACAACAUACGCCCAUAUAAAAAAGGACAUAUUCGGCGAAGAACCGAACAAAAAAUGUAGUAUAGGUGAACUCUUGAUUGCUGGUGCUGCAGCAGGCAUGCCAGCAGCAUACUUAACAACUCCAGCAGACGUAAUCAAAACUCGUCUACAAGUUGAAGUUCGUAAAGGUGAAACAAGUUAUAGCGGUAUAUUUGAUGCUUGUCGAAAAAUCUUUCGUGAGGAGGGUCUUAUAGCAUUUUUCAAAGGUGGCCCAGCACGUGUAUUCAGAUCCUCUCCACAAUUUGGCACAACAUUAAUGGUUUAUGAACUAUUACAAAGAUGGUUCCCAUGGUCAAGCUCCGAAGAAAAAGUGGGAAAAGUUAUUUCAGCUGUUACUGAUUCUGGUGACCUUGGAUAUUUGAAAAGUAGAAAUGCAUUAAAGAUUUUAUUGGAUUUGGAUUAUAAAUUUGGAGUAGUGCCAAAAAAUAUCUCUACACCAACUUAA